AGUACAUAUAAUAUAAAGAGGAGAAGAGUCACAACAUUUGGUGGUGCACUCGUAGAUCUCCAAAAAACUAAGAGAAUUUUAAGUAUCUCCAAAUAUCGACACAAAAUACAUACAUAUAUUUAUAUCGUAGAGCCAGAGAAAAUAAAUGAUCAUUUACGUUCUCUGGUUGAGCAACAUCAGGCACAAUAAACGAUCUCAAAGCAGCCAACUACCCAGUCAGUCGAACUCUGUUAUCCGUAGUAGACUGUUGGUGAUCGUUCGAGGCGGGUUUAGUGCAUUCGACGUGUGGUUUGUUUGUGAUUAUUUUAAUACAAAUUCGGUUAAAAAAAGUUGUGCCAAAAAAUUAGUUCCUAAAAAUGACCAUACCAAAACAUGUUAAUCCUGACUUGGUGAAUGAACGCAAGAAGGCCACUUUCGAUGUGGAGGAAUUCACCGCUUUUAUACAUGAUGGUGAAAGUUUCUUGCAAUUGAAAAGAUUAGCUGAGAAGGAACUAUUUGCAGACUUGCCCGAUCCUAUCGAAUUGGAUUAUCUGUCGUACGAAGAUGUCUACAAUCGUACAGUUAAGCAAUCCGUAGACGCAAUUAAUAAAGUAAGAGCUAUGCAAGAGCGCGUGAACCCUGGCGGUGCUGAGGUUUAUCAUACUCUCAUGACUGGACCAAUGGGUACGACUCUGAUGCCCGGCGGUACUCCGAUGUCAGUGCACUUUCUAAUGUUCACACGUGCGCUUAAAAAUCAGGGUACACCCGAGCAGUAUGAGAAAUUUGGGCGUCGAGCAGAUGACUGCGAGAUUUUCGGUACUUAUGUGCAAACGGAGCUCGGUCACGGUACUUAUCUGCGAGGAUUGGAAACACGUGCUGACUAUGAUCGCCAAACCGAUGAAUUCGUGUUGAACACACCAAAACUGACCUCUUACAAAUGGUGGCCCGGUGGUUUGGGUAACACCGUCAACCAUUGCAUUGUGGUGGCACAGCUCUAUAUCGAUGACGAGCCAUUGGGCUUGCAGUUAUUUGUCUUGCAGGUGCGUGAUGAGCAAACACAUAAGCCACUGCCGGGCAUUGACAUCGGUGAUAUUGGCAAGAAGAUCGGUUUGCAGGCCGUGAAUAACGGCUAUUUGGGUUUGACCAAUGUGCGCAUACCACGUACAAAUAUGCUUAUGAAGAAUGCCAAAGUCCAGCCGGAUGGCACUUUUGUUAAGUCUCCAGUCUCACAGUUGGCCUACUUCCCCAUGGUGUAUGUACGCUGUAUGAUUGUGUUGGUCAAUAGCGGUUUACAUGCAAUGGCGGCGACCAUAGCGACACGCUACUCGGCUGUUCGACGUCAAAGUCCCAUUCAACCGGAUGCACCGGAACCGCAAGUGCUGGAUCACGUAACGCAACAGAUGAAAGUUGUGCCAGAGAUUGUUACGGCUAUUGCUUAUCGUUUAGCCGGUGUUAAGCUCAACAAAAUGUAUGAAGAAACCGCUUUGGCUGUCAGCCUCAGCGAUUACUCGCGGCUACCGGAGCUGCAUGCCUUGGCCUGCACCUUGAAAGCGUCGUGCACGUAUGAUUCAACAUUUGGUAUUGAGCGUUUGCGACUCGCUUGCGGCGGCCAUGGUUAUUUGGCCUCGGCCAAUUUCGGCAACAUUUUCACCUGGGCCACAGCGGCUUGCACCUAUGAGGGUGAGAAUUCGGUAUUGUAUCUACAAGUUGGUAAGAUUUUGUUGAAAACUUGGGGCGAUAUGUUAAAUGGCAGGCCGCUGAUGCCUACCAUGGCAUAUUUGAGUGUUUGCGCCAGUUGGCACAAGUUUCGGGAUUGGACCGGCGAUUGGCAAUGCUUGGUGCAGGCUCUGCAGUAUGCGGCUACUAAUAAAACCCGCAUCGCUAGUAAAAGUUACACUAGACGGUUGGAGAGUGGCUUAUCUCCUCCGGAGGCAUUCAACGUAACUGGUAUAGAGCUGACUCAAGCGGCUGAGCUUCAUGGGCGCGCCUUCGUGGCCAACACAUUCUUCGAAGAAGUUAAGCAAAAUAGAGAAAAACGCUCUGCAUCACUGAAUAAUUUGUUGGAGCAUCUGCUCGAACUCUAUCUGGUGCAUACGGUUCAACGGCAUAUGGCUGACAUAUUGCGGUUCAUUCAUCUGACUGACGAUCAUUUGACCUCACUACAGCAUCGCCUCGAAAUAGUGCUCGCUGAGCUACGUCCGAAUCUCGUUGCUAUUUGUGAUGGUUUCGAUUUUCAUGAUAAAGUCUUGAGUUCCGUUUUAGGUUGUUACGAUGGUAAUGUCUACGAACGUAUCUUCGAGGCGGCUAAGAAGAGUCCGCUAAACCAGAAAGACGUUCCCACGUCAUUUGAACAACACUUGAAGCCGUUCAUGAAAUCGAGUUUAUAACAACUGGUCUUUAAAUCGUUGAAGAGGGAUGUGGUCAGGUGGUGCUUGGGAUAAGACCGGUGAUAUUUGGUGUGGUGAAUUAAUUAUACAACUAUAUGUUUGUACAAUUUUAUUAUUAAAUAUCUAAGAACAAUUACAAGAAUUAGAAAAUAAAGUUCUAUAUUACUAUUUUGAUAAA